GGGGGGCUUACCUGAGAAAAAAUGAUCUGAAUGAAGAUAACAAGGAAGAGCAAACUGCUGUCAGCAGAUUUUUCCCAGAAUAUUAACAGAAAUUCUUGGUAUUAAAGACAUGAUUAUUUUCUCAUCACCUUCUUCCCUUCAAUCCAAACCAUUGUUCUCUUAUAAUGUGGCAUCAUAUUGCCCUACACUCAAGUACUCCUUUUUCUCGAGAAAGCAAAUAUCUUGCUGCCAUUCAAGCAGACCAAGCUGUAGUUUAGAACAAAAUAGUGAACAGAAUGACAGUAAAGUGCUGCAGGAAGAGAAAACGCUUAGAAGGAUGAUGCUCGUUAUGUUUGUGACGUCUAGUUCUUUUCCAACUUUACAUUCUUAUGGGAAAACAAAGACUAAGAAUCCUUAUGAUGAAAGACGCUUGCUAGAGCAGAACAAGCGGAUACAAAGAGAAAACAACGCUCCUGAUGACUUUCCAAGUUUUAUCAGAGAAGGUUUUGAUGUUAAGGUGGUGGCAUCUGACAAUUAUAUAAAGCGUGAUUCUGGACUCAUAUACCGAGAUUUUGAAGUCGGUCAAGGUGAUUGCCCGAAAGAUGGCCAGCAGGUCAUUUUCCAAUACAUUGGCUAUAAUGAGUCAGGUCGCCGUAUUGACAGCACAUACAUACAGGGGGCUCCUGCCAAAAUUAGGAUGGGCACUAAGGCACUGGUGCCAGGAUUCGAGGAAGGUAUACGUGACAUGAAACCUGGGGGUAAAAGAAGAAUAAUCAUUCCUCCAGAACUUGGACCACCGGUUGGACCUUCAACUUUCUUCAGUGCCAAACAGUUUGAGGUUUUUGACGUGGAGUUGCUAAACAUCAAAGAUUGUCAGAGAAGAACCAUAGGAUUCUAUUCCGAUGUAGUCUGUGAUUAAGUAGGGAGGUAAAUUCAAGAUGAAGUUGCAAGUUGACAUGGAUACGAUUUGUGUUUCAAAUCAGUCCUUGGGUUCAAAAGUAUACUUUUCAUUUUGACAUUUCUCAGUUUGCUCCAGGUUCUCUGGGGGUAACUAAAAGAUUGUCGAGUUCAAGAAAUCAGAAGGAAUUAGGAUUAAAUUGUGUGAGAUAGUGAUGCUACUGAUGUAUUAACCUCUCUGUGGAGUAUAAAUGUUGAGCAUUUUUAGUUAUUGUUUCCUGCGUCAAAAAAGUUAAUGUUUCUGAUGAGCCACACAAGCCAUUUUUGGCAUAAAUUUUGUACUGGUGCAAAAAAUCGACAUCACCAUUCAACAACAAUGUAGAGUAACUCAUUUGAUAUGCUUUUGUUUUUGACAUGGAAUUGCUGAAUGUUCAAAAGAAUGCAAGUCAGAGGAGAAGCAUUGGAUUUCACUCAGGUGUUGUCUGCAAUUUUUUUGGAAGGUCACCGUAUGUUUAAAUUAAAAAUUGGAUACAAGUUCGAAGUUCUGCAUUCCAAGCCACAUAAAUGAUUUUUUUUUUUUUUUUU